AUGAACUCCGCCAAGGAGACUGAGGAAAUCAUUAAUGUUGCACGGGCUUGCUCAGUGGAGGGCAACCUCGAACUAGCCCUCAUCGUCUACGAGAGUGCACUGGCGAGAAUCGCUCUUCGCCUCCAGACGCCUUCUCCCCAGGCAAUAAGCAGAAGAUUGGAGGAGGUGCGCUCCAACAUUAUCAGCGAAUUUGAAGCUGUAAAAGAGGCGCUGGGAAAAGGCGGCUCCCUGGUGAUCGCCUCCAGCUCAAAAGAGCAAAGGCAGGCGUCCAUGCGGACCGCCAGCCCGGACCGCCGCUUUGAGAUGCACGGCCCGGACGGCGACCUGGUGGAGCUGAUUGAGCGGGACAUCCUCCAGCGAAACCCGGACACUCGCUGGGAGGACAUUGCCGACCUGACGGAGGCGAAAAAGCUUCUAAAGGAGGCGGUGGUGCUGCCGAUGUGGAUGCCCAACUACUUCCGCGGCAUUCGCCGCCCGUGGAAGGGCGUGCUGAUGGUCGGGCCGCCCGGUACGGGGAAGACUAUGCUGGCGAAGGCGGUGGCCUCCGAGUGCAAGACCACCUUCUUCAAUGUGAGCAGCUCGACGCUGACGAGCAAGUACCACGGCGAGUCGGAGAAGCUGGUGCGCCUGCUCUUUGAGAUGGCGCGCCACUACGCGCCCAGCACCAUCUUCAUCGACGAGAUUGACUCGCUGUGCUCGCGGCGCGGCUCUGACAAUGAGCACGAGGCGAGCCGGCGCGUCAAAUCGGAGCUGCUCAUUCAAAUGGACGGCAUCACCGAGGCCAGUGGAAGAGGCCAAGACGGGAAAACACCGGCCAUGGUGAUGGUCCUCGCCGCCACAAACUUCCCCUGGGACAUUGACGAGGCGCUGCGCCGCCGCCUCGAGAAGCGCAUCUACAUCUCCUUGCCCUCGAGGGAAGGCCGCGAGGCGCUGCUGAACAUUAACCUGCGCGAGGUGAAGAAGGCCGACGACCUCAAUGUAGGAAAGAUUGCCGCCCGCCUGGAGGGCUACUCGGGCGCGGACAUUACCAAUGUCUGCCGGGACGCCUGCAUGAUGGAGAUGCGAAGGCGGAUUGUAGGGCUGACGCCGGAGCAGAUUCGCUCGCUGUCGAGCGAGGAGCUCGAUAUGCCCGUCACCGGGGAGGACUUUGAGGAGGCGAUGCGGAAGAUCAACAAGUCGGUCAGCGCCGAUGAUCUGGCGAAGUACAAGAAGUGGAUGACUGACUUUGGGUCCGCCUGA